AUGUCUACAAAUAUAUUGCAACAUGUUAAGCAAUUGCUCCAUAACAGAGAUGUAUUUAGCUUUUUUCACAACAAGACUGGAAAUCUUAAUUACCUAGAUAACACAACUCAGAAACCGGAAGUUUUUGUAAGUCCAAAUUCUACAAUAGUUUCAGCCCCAACUUUGGACUCUUUUCAAGCAUUGAUGGAGAAAGGUAACUUCACCACUUUGCAACUAGCUAAGGUAGGAAUUAGAAUGUUUUUCUCCUAUUCGGUAAGUAAGUAUGCUGUUCUAUGUUUUAGUACCGCCAUUAUUUUGAAUAGGUUGACUGUAAUGUCUUCAUUGAGAUCAAAUUCUACAAACAUUCGUUUACCUCUUUGGUCAAAAACUUUGCUCCAUUUAGUAGCCACUCUUUCACUGGUUAAAGCACUUUUACAAAUUCUGAGUCAAUUUGGACUCAUGCAUGAACUGCACGUGAGUGAUACAGAUUUUUAUGCUUUAAGUGUCUAUUUAUUUGUAGCUCUGUCUGACUGCAUUGAAAUUUUUAUUUCUUCAACGACGAACGUUCCUUCAUUAAUAUGCUCUGAUUUUUCCAUAUGGGGUUUAUCAUUGAAUCUUUAUAUCAUAUCCAAAAUGCCCGCGGGGCAGCAGCAUAUUGGCGAUAAUGUUGAACUACUAGGAGCGGUUUUUCACAGAUUAGUAAUUCAUUUGGUAGAAUUGUUUCAUAUAAGAGCCUAUAGAUUAUGUGGAGAAGUUAUAUUAAACGCGGGUUUUUUUACCGCAUUCGUCACUAGGACCUAUUUGAACGGAUUAGAUUUUAUUAACAUCUGUCUCAUUCACAAUUAUUUCCCUGGCUUUUUCUAUAUUUCCACCAUAUUACUGGCGUCUAUAGGCAUUUUCCUGAAGGCUUUGUUCACCAGUAAUCCGUUCCGAUCAUUAUAUUCAAGAUAUAAAAACUUGGAAAAAUGGUGGAGAUCAAAUAAUUACAAUGGAGAAGAGGAGUUUAACGAAAUAGCUCUUUCAUUGUGUCUACUUUUAACGUCGAAUGACUAUAAAAUAUUUAAGAAAUCAGACAACGUAAAAUCCGUUGAUGAAGUCGCUGCUUUCAGUAAUAGUUAUGUGGUUAGUGGACAUUUAAACCAACUCCAGUCGACACCAGAGGAUCUGUUAUCUCGUAAGGAAAUGACUACCGAUUCCCAGUUACCAGGUUUUGCGAGGACAUAUUUAGGCCUUUUUGAAUUAGUAAGAACCAUUAUUUUGACGUAUUCUAGACUCCUAAAAAAUCUUCUGUGGAGUAAAAAUUUUGAGAGCAGUAUAGAUAAGAAACCGAGAGUGGGAAAGCGUAAAAAGAGGGAUUUAAACAAAUAUGUUACAGAAAAAAACUAUAAAAAGUUUUUAUAUAAACCGGACGUCAAAGAGCUUAAUAUUGAGAGUGAUCUCAGAAGCCUGGAGUUAUUGCUUCCUGAAGACGAUUCAUCAAAAGACUACUUUCCCCCCAGAAAAAUCGAUGAAAGUGUUUCAGAUGAAGAGUUUGAUAGUGAUAUGGAAAGUCAGUUGAUUAUUGAUGAAGAAAAAGAAUUAACACAUUUAUCAAGUAAUGCUGUCGAUUCUGAUGAUUUAGAGGAAAUAGCCUGGAACAUCUCCAUGUGGUCUAUUUUAAAUUAUGAAAUGGAUGUCCAUAAUAAGGUUAAUGGACCGUUGACUAGAUCACAAUAUGGUAAAAGAAACCCACAAGGUGUACUAGUCGAUGUUGUUAUUGAACGCCUUCUGCAUCAUACAAACUCCAGGUAUAUGUACAAACGUUUAAAUAUGAAGGACGAUGACAAAUUAGAGUUCAAGUUUGAUUUUGCCUUUGAUAGUUGCGACGAAGUGGAGGAAAUGGAUCUCUCCUGCCUAAUCUGCAAAGUUAAUAAAAGAAAUAUUGUAACUUGGCCCUGUAGAUGCCUUGCAUUAUGCGAUGAUUGUAGGAUAUCUCUGGGUUAUAAAGGAUUUGCUACAUGCGUCAGCUGUGAUAGUGAGGUGAAGGGUUACAGUAAGUUGAAUAUAGUCUAG